GGGGCGGGCGCCGGACCACUUGGUCACUGGUGUGGGGCGCUGAGGAGGCGGACAGCGGGGCCGGGGGCCAUGAAGACGGAGAUCUCCACUGCCGCGGGCUUCAUCACCCGCCUGCUGCGCACCCCCGGCGGCAUCGGCGACGAGCAGCUGCGCUGCUUCAGCGAGUCACUGCAGGAGGCGCUGCGAGACCAUUAUAAACACCACUGGUUUCCCCUGAUGCCCUCCAAGGGCUCAGGGUACCGAUGCAUUAGGAUCAACCACAAGAUGGACCCCUUGAUAGGGAAGGCAGCCGGCAUGAUUGGACUGAGCCAUCAGAGACUCUUCCAGCUCUUACCCAGCGAAUUGACUCUUUGGAUUGAUCCCUUUGAGGUGUCCUAUAGAAUAGGAGAAGAUGGGUCUAUCUGUGUCCUUUAUGAAAGCCCCCCACCAGGUCUGAAGAGUGCCAAAGCUCUGGAGAGUAGAAACAGCUGUAAAGAGGAAUGGAGAAUUGGCAGAUCAAGCCCUUCCAAGAAUUACAACAUGAUGACAGUUUCUAGUUAAAAAUUAACAUUCCUUGUACAAUGAUGUAUGUAUGUAUCCCAGUUUCAUAAUGAAGUUAGAUGAUGUAAUUGAGAUGUUGAUUUUCACCCCAUAGCCAUUAAAGUUGUAGUAGUACUGCCAAGUUCUUUGUUGUGGCCAAGGGCUAAUGUACAAGCAGUUCUUUAAACUCAUGUAAUUUUCUGGAUUGUAUACUGUAAAUGAAAUGUACAGUCAGCUGAUUGUUCUACAGAUAUCUAUUUUGACAGAAUCCUUGGCUAUUUGUAAUAAAAAGAAAAGUAACUUA